AUGGACAAGGUCAACGUUUCGGGGUUGAAGGGGCUGCGGAAUGGGAUGAUAACAUUCGUCAAGGAGCACGUCGCUCUCAAACGGUCGGGCCAUGUCGGAGUUGCUGCCGACGCCUGUGACGACGAUGGCGAGGAGGCCCCUUCGGCAUCCCAAGCAGUAGGUGUCGCCCACACCGUCGAUGAUGCACGUGGGACUUCGAUCGGAGAGCUCGGAGGCGGCGUCGACAAGGAAGAUGAGGAGGCAGGAAGGGCGGAUCUUGAGGAGGAGGAGGAGGAGGAGGAGGAGGAGGAGGAGGAGGAGGAGGAGGAGGAGGAGGAGGAGGAGGAGGGGGGGGGGGGGUCGGCGGAGGAGGAGGAGGAGGAGGAGGAGGAGGAGGAGGAGGAGGAGGAGGAGGAGGAGGAGGAGGAGGAGGAGGAGGAGGAGGAGGUGGAGGAGGCGGAGAAGCAGCAAGAGGGGGAGCAGGAGGAAGAGGUCGAGUGGGAGUUGGAGGAAAUGGAGGUGGAGUACGUAGAGGGAGCGGCGAAAACGGGUGGGAGGUCGGCGGAUGUUGUGAACGAGGGAGGGGAGGAUGCCGACGAGGCGUUUGCGUUGGGGAUAUGUGGACUCCUCGACAAGCUCCAGUCGUUGGCCGACCAGGUCGUCGUCUCCGACCAUAAUGCGGCGAAACGGCUGCUAUGUGCGACAUCGGCCGUGUCGACAACCAUCACGGACAACAUCACCAACCACAUGGACGAAUCGUGGAAGGCGAUGAAGUCCUUCGCCGAACAGGCGUCGACGUGGUUGGCGGAAAUCGACGGUCCGGAGGGAAGUAUGGCAGUUGAACGCGCAAAAGCGGAAGUGGUGGUGGACGAUGAGAAGCUGGGUUUGGAGGACUACAUCUCAAAGCACCUAGCCGCGGCGCAGACCAACAUUGCCGCCGCGGUACCUCGCACCAUCGCUGUGCCGCCGCCGCCGCCGCCGCAGCCCACGCCAGCCUUCCCGGACGAGCUCAUGAAGUCAUUCAAGGCGGACGUGUUGAAGGCGGUGACGGAGGCCACCCAGCAGUCGUUUGUUGCGUCCGGGUUAAAGCUCAUGACCGAGGUGAUCGGCAAUGUGGUGCCUGGUCGGCGUGGGUCGUCGCCGUCGCCCAAUGACGCCGAUCCCGCGCAACGAAGGGAGGCCGACAAGCAGGGCCAGAAAAGGGCGGGCGGCGGGGAUGAUGCGGGGAGCGUGAAGCGGAGCAAGGGAGCCGAUGGGAGCCGCGGCGUUGGCGCGGUGGGUCCUGGCGGCUCGCGGACUUGA